ACAGUUUGCAGUAAGCCGAGAUGAUGUCAUUGCAUUCCAGCCUAGUCCUACAGGAGCAAAACUCAGUCUCAAAAAAAAAAGGAAGAUAGCCAGAGAGGGAGAGAGACAGCAAGGAUAAGAAGGAACUUUUAGAGGCCAAAUCCGAAGUUCUUUCCAGGGAGUGGCUCUGUUCACAUCAUUCUCCAGCCAAAGUAAGAACAGCAUAAGAGGAGAGACACACAUUCAGCAGCCAAAGGAAUCGGCGGAAAGAGCAGAACACCAUAGACAAUAUGCUGCUCUUGGGACCCAAGGUGCUGCUGUUUCUUGCUGUAUUCAUCAUCCCCUCUGACUGGAUACUCCUGGGGGUCAACAGCCAACGAGGAGACGAUGUGACUCCAGUGACUCCAGAAACUUUCACAGAAGAUCCUAAUCUGGUGAAUGAUCCUGCUACAGAUGAAACAGUUCUGGCUGAUAUUGCACCUUCCACAGAUGACUCGGCCUCCACCAGUGAUAAAAAUACCACUGCAGAGUGCUGGGAUGAGAAAUUUACCUGCACAAGGCUCUACUCUGUGCGUCGGCCAAUUCAACUAUGCAUUCAUCAGUCAUGCUUCAUCAGGUUUCGACGCACAUAUGUUGUCAACAAGGAGAUCUGCUCCCGUCUUGUCUGUAAGGAACAUGAAGCUAUGAAAGAUGAACUUUGCCGUCAGAUGGUUGGUCUGCCCCCUAGGAGACUCCGUCGCUCCAAUUACUUCCUACUUAAUCCCUGUGAAAAUGUGGAUUCGCAGAAACCCAAUGGUCUGUGAUCGUCAAAAAAGAGGAAAGAAGAAAAAAUAUGUGGGUGAGAGGAAGGAGAAUCUCCUUCUUCUUUAACCACUGACAGCUAACCUAUAGACAGUAUUUCUUAAACCAAUCCUUUUGCAAUGUCCAACUUUUACCCCUACUCUUUAAUUUUUCACCCAAACUGAUAACAUUUAUCUCAUUUUUUAGCACUUAAAAUACAAAGUCUAUAUUAUUGCAUUAAUUUGCUGCUUCUCAAUAUCAUAGACGUAGUGAAUAGAUGAUGACUAUAUAUGGCUUAUAUACAACAUUCUGUGUACAAUUUCAAGGGAGAAUAAACUUUAGGCUAAUUAUCUUUACUAUUGAAUCUGUCUGAUAUAGAUCUUAGGAUGGAAGAAGUUAUCCUUGUCUAUUUCAGCUAACCAUAUAGCUUCAUUUAUUUUCCUCACAAGAGUUUCCUAGAUUAACUCCUCAUAUUUACGUGUUCCUCUUUACUCUUAUUUUACUAUUUUGCUGGCUUGCCUGAACAUUUGGCUGGCAAGUAUUACUUGUGAGACAGAUCAUGGUGAUUUGUAUAGUCCUGGAAGAUUCUGCAACACAGCUAAGAAUUAUACAAUCCUACUAGCAACAGAUAAGGACCCAAAAUGUGUUCUGUUAAGCUCAGAGGCUGAGGCUAAAGCAUGAGGACUAUGCCAGAUAUAGAACUUGGACUCAUAAUUCCGGAUUCAAUUUUUCAUGCAGUUGUCCAGUUGGGAAGUAAGGCUGGAAAGUAAGUCUCAUUUGCUGACUUGUUUAUGGUAGUGCUGGGGUUAACCCACCUCCAUAAAAUAAAUUAGACAACUUCAUGUGAAACCAUA